CUCCUGCAGCGAAAUUCGUGGCACAGUCAAUCUACAUAACGACGGGGAUUUUAGUGUGCAUAAGUGCCGUUGCAUUUGCAGGGAUACUGCGGGAUAAGCACUUUGGGAAAUUGGCCCGCGCAGGUCACACAAUCAAUUGUUCCCAACCCUAACUUUUAGCUGCUGAUGGACCACUUCAGUAUAUUAAUCUUACCCGUCAAUGAAAUGUCCAGACCUGCCGGCCUAUGGGCACUCCGCGCUACGAUGAUCACGUUAAGUAGGGGGGAUCCCCUCCUUUGAGAAAUGUGCGCUCUUUGCGGUCUACCCUCGGCUUGAAUACUCUCACCCGCGCAUUCAGCUAUAAUGUCGGCUACCACGGAGAAGGCACCGAAGUCUUCUACGUACUCAUCCCCUGGCGAAUAUGAGGGUUCCACGACUACAAGAAAAGAUGGCACGGUGCAAGAUCGAAAGGAUAUGUGGCGUGUAGGCAGAGAACAGGAGUUGAACCGAAACUUUCGACUCCUUUCCGUUGUCGGGUUCAGUGCAGUUUUGAUGUGUACCUGGGAAGCCGUCUUGUUCGGUGCUUCGUACGGCCUCACAGAUGGAGGGAAGGCAGGAAUGAUUUAUACCUAUCUCGGGGCAGUGAUAGGCUUCAGCUUCGUGAUUUUAUCGAUGGCUGAAAUGGCCUCCAUGGCCCCAACAUCUGGCGGACAGUAUCAUUGGGUUUCGGAGUUCGCACCCCCCAGUAAACAGCGCUUCCUCAGCUAUCUUACCGGUUGGGUGUGUGUCUUGGGCUGGCAUACAGGAAUCGCAGGCUGCUGCUACACUGUCGCCAACAUGUUGGUCGGCUUACUCGCGAUCAACUACCCUGACAGUUAUGUUUAUCAACCGUGGCAUGUAACGCUGAUCGUGAUUGCUGCAGCUCUAGGGGCACUGUUGUUCAACACACUUUUUGCCCAGAAGCUGUCUUUCAUCGAGGGUAUUAUUCUGAUCGUGCAUUGCUUUGGCUUUUUCGGCAUCUUGAUUCCACUGUGGGUGUUGUCGCCCACGGCCCCAGCUUCGGAGGUCUUUGGCUCGUUUGAGGACAAUGGAUCGUGGGGUAAUAUGGGGCUUGCGUGCUUGGUAGGGCUGACAGGCCCAAUCUACGCCCUUAUCGGUCCCGACUCUGCUGUGCACAUGUCCGAAGAAAUCCGAGAUGCCUCCCGCGUCCUCCCCGUAAGCAUGGUUAGCACCUUGAUUCUGAACGGGACCACCGGCUUCAUUAUGAUUAUCACCUUUGCCUUCUGUCUCGGCGACAUUGAAGAGGUCAUGGCCAGUCAGACCGGAUUCGCCUUCAUCCAGGUCUUCUGGAACGCCACUGGCUCGACCCGCGCAGCGACCGGGAUGACGGUCGUUAUCAUGAUCAUGCAGUUCUGUGCUGCCAUCAGCAACGUUGCUACGACUUCUCGACAAAUUUACGCAUUCGCGCGUGACCAAGGCCUGCCGUUUGCUGGAUUCUUCUCAAAGAUUCACCCGACCCUCAAAGUACCUCUCAAUGCCUUAGGCGUUAGCAUGGUUAUUGUGACCCUCCUCUCCCUCAUCAACAUUGGUUCCGCAGUCGCCUUCAAUGCCAUUAUGUCCCUAGGCACGGCUGCCUUACUUUCCUCCUACCUAAUCUCGAUCUCGUGUGUGCGUCUCCGGCGAUGGAGAGGCGAUUAUCUCCCUCCGGCACGGUGGAGUCUUGGACGCGCCACGCCGUUCAUCGACACCGUCUCAAUCCUUGUGCUGGUUCUGAUUCUAACAUUUAGUUUCUUCCCUCUCACCAACCACCCCGAUGCUGCAGACAUGAAUUGGAGUAUUGUGAUUUUCUCUGGGGUGGUGCUCUUGGCUGUGGGUUAUUAUAUGCUAUAUGCGAAGCAUCAAUAUCGGGGGCCAGUGACUAGGGUCAGAGCUGAAUAGGGGCUUUUAGAUGCAAUAGAUUAGUAGAUAGUAUGCCUGCAAUGAAUAGUUGCCUCCCGCGCAGGGGAAGAGGUAUAGAAAACCGCUACCUGACUCGGUCUGAGACGAAUGGAAUUUAUUGCACUGUUGAAUAGCG